GCUCCUGGCAUUACGAUAAAGCCCAUAGAGCGUUCCAAGGUGCCGCCCGCGGCCCCCGGGGAGGGCGACGGCGCGGAGGAGCCGCGACGGCGGGAGUUUCAGGAGCAGCCCGGCGGGGAUUCGACCGAGGGCAUGUCCGCCGAGAGGGCCAUCCUGGCCUUCCUGGAGAUGCAGAAGAGAAAAAAGGCCAAAGCUGCGGAGAGGGAGGCGGAAGAGCAGAGGCAAAAGCGAGAAAAGAAGAAGUUAAAGAAGGCACAUGUACAAGCGGAUCGGGACAACCGGCGCGAAGACGAUGAUGAUGACGAGGAAGAGGAGGACGACGCCCAGGCCCACGACAGAGAGGAACACCGGCGGGAGAAGCACAGCAAGGAGAAGGGCCCAGUCAUGGUCGUGGAGAGCGUGAAGGGGAAGGUGUCCACCGCGAACAAAGGCAUGACCGACGCGGACCUGGAAAGGCGGUUCCUGGCCCAGGAGAGGCAGGACAGGGGAUCACUGAUGACGGAGGAGCAGGUCCUCCGGAUGAUCCGGCGCGAGAAGACGGAGCGGCCCGCGGCGGGGUCCGCGUCGCGCCGCAUCCAGAAGGAGCUGGCCGAGUGGGAGGCCGCCAAGGUGCAGCAGCGCGCGAGGGUAAAGAGCCCUACCCGCUUCGAGCGCAUGGUGGUGGCCCGGAGGUGA